UUCUGAUAACCCCGCUCUCGAAUGGGCGAAGUAUAAAACUCGGGCGCUUCCACCAAAGCCGGACACAGACGGUGGAAUCGGCUCCAGAGUCAGACUCCCAAAAGUCGGCGUGGCACAAAGGGAGCGGCCGCCGGUUGACGUCGAGUCUGCGAACGCGUCGUGACCUCAGCCCCCCCCCCCUCCGUCAGCAUGAAUCAUCUGCUGGCCUUGACCCUGGCCUCGCUGUGCGUGACCGCGACCCGGGGUCAGUCGUGCCAGGAGGAGUGCGGGACCUGCGACCACUUGGCACGCCAAUCGGCCGCCUUCAGCUCUCUGGUGUGCAUCUUGGAGUGCGAGGGCUCCGUCUCAUCUUCCAGCACCUGGAGGUGGUGCCGCGAGGCCGUGCACGUGCUGACCACUCGCGACGCGGCGCUCGCUCACGCCCUGCGCGCCAGGGGGGCUCGCGGGGGCAGUGUCGAAGGGGAGCCGACAAUCCCCGUCGCAGGGACCGGCGGCAUCGUGAAGCGUUACGGGGGCUUCAUGAGAAAGGGCAAGAAGCUCUACUCUGCGUCCAGCAAGGCCGCCAACGACAAGCGCUUCUCCGUCUUCUCGGAGCGAGACGGAGACGACCUCCAGAAGAUGGAGGAGGUCAUGGACGCGGCGCUGGGAGAUCUGCAAGCGGUGUCGGCGGCGGCGUCGGCGGCGGGGGGAGGGAACGCCGCUGGAGCCGAGGCGAACGGAGCUCUGGUCGAGUCGAAGCGCUACGGCGGCUUCUUCCGUCGUCAGAGAAGCGACGACGACGACGAGCAGCAGCAGCAGCAGGAGGAGGAGGAGGCUGCUGCGGAGGAUGACGGCGAAGACGGAGGAGAGGGGAACGCCAACAGCAGCAGCAGCAGCAGCGGCGGCGUCGUCGUCGUGAGCGACGCGGCCGCCGAGGGCACGGGCCGCCGGCACGAGGUGGAGAAGCGCUACGGGGGCUUCAUGCGGCGGCUGGGCAGGCCCUCGAAGAAAGAGGGCGGCCGCUACAAAUCAAUCCUCCGCCAGUACAUGGAUCUGCAGGAGCCCGGUGGAGGCGUCACCAGCGAGGAGCUCACCGAAGAAGAAGACCUUCUGCAGCAGCAGCGCCUCCGCCACCACCACCAGCAGCAGCUGGAUGAAGAUGACAAAAAGAGAUACGUGGGCUUUGCGCUGAGCUGAACGCACCGGCACAACCAAGCCGACCGUGCAUUUGAAGCCGCGUCCGUCUGGAAAGCGCUGCGCUUACCCCCCACCCCGCCCCCUCUCUCUCUCUAUCAAUGUGCUCGUCUCAAGCCGCUAAUAAAAAAUAUACGACGACGAUGAUGAUGAUGUACCCCCCACCAAAUAAACCCCCCAUCCCUUUCCUCCACCCACCCACUCCGGUGUGAGAUUACUUCAUGUAGGCGUCGAGGGAAGAUUCCUUGCGAGAUGUAACGAGAUAAUCAUGUUAUUUUUGCAUUGACCUGUGAUGGCAUAUAUAGCUUAGGUGUUGAUCAAUGUUGAAUAAAAUCUAUAUCAGAAGUGUGCAGCAUACCUGAGCGCCUGCGUUGUAUAGUAUUACGGAUUGCAAUACGUCAUGUCGUCGUCGAUGCAGGCUCAUGUGCGGACUUUGCAGUUCUGUGUCGCCUUAUACUAAAGACAUUGUCAACGUACACUUUGGAUUUUUCGGUAAAGUCACGUAGGUAAAAAAUAUAAAAGAAAAGAAAAAUGAAAAAACAACUAAAUUGUUUUCAUUUAUAAAAGAAAAAAGAAAUGAAAAAACAAAUAAAUUGUUUUCAUUUAUUUUUUAUUUUUUUAUAUAUAUUUUUAACCUACGUGACUUUACCGAAAAAACCAAAGAGUAUGCAUCCUUGCAGUCACGAAAAAUUCAAAGCUAGAACAUUGUCAACGGAAAAUCACACGGCGAUCCACUUAUAGAUACCCCACUAUACGGUGAGCAACGUUUUCACUUCACUAAAUCCUCUAACGCUCUUCGUACUGUAGGGACACGGUCCGCCUGUAGGAUCGGACUGUAGGGGAACAGAGGGACGAUAGGGGUUGCUCGUUCGCCUCUCCCAUCGUGGCCAGCAGUGUGGCGGGAUAGUGGGAUCGAGUUGAUCCUAUAGUCUGCGACUCGCCCCUAUAAGACCGCUCUCUGGCCCACCUCUGGGUAAAGAGAUUACCAAAGUAGGCAUUUUUUGUGUUUGCAUGUUCAGCACAGGUACCGCGUGUGGUUAAUGCAGACGCAAUUACUUGCAAAAACAAUAAUUAUUGCCAGAAAGGGUAAAAACAUUCUAAGUUUUUCACAAGUGAUAGAUUGUUUGGCGACGCUGUCUGCGUAGAAAAGUGAAGUUACCAAAAAGUCACGUUAAACAACUGUAGCCUUAAACAGGGGGUGGGGGAGACAUAUAUUCAACGGGCGACGUUUCGGGCGACGGCCCGAAACGUCGCCCGUUGAAUGUUGAGGGGUUUUUUUUAUUUAUGAAGAACCCAAGGGGGCGGUCGGGAAUUAGUGUGGUAUCUGCAAAUGGAUCACCGCGUACAUCAUCCACCAGAGUGAGACACCACGUGGUAGCAUCGCGUCAUCACACGCACACACACGCGCACUUGGCUUCUGUUCGAGUUGACAAUGAACGCCACAAAUGUCAGGCAAAUCGACGUAAAUACACCUGUGUUCUUGCUGUUGUGACGGACAAAAUAAAAUAUACAAAAAAUA